AUGUGCGUCGAGGUGAGGUCCUUCUUCUUUACAGGGGCGUUCGCCCUCGCCACAGCGGCUGCAGCUGCCGCGCCCUUGAGCUUCUUUUUCGGGGGCUGCAAACCAUCGGUUGUGGCUUUUCGCUUCCCUGGUGUCUCAGGUGUUUGCUCGUGGGAUUGGCGCUUGUCGCGUUCCUUGUCUGUCACCAUGGUGAAACAGGCUCUGCACAGCCCGUCCCGUCAGAACCCGAACGAAAGAGGCUUUGACUUAAUUAGAACGAUGACGUGCGACGCAGCUGCAGAGCUGGUCCGCUUUCGAAAACGCACAUACGAUAAGUGCUCUUCACCCUGUUUUCUUCCCAGCAAUGCCGAAGAUGGACACAUCAGCGGACACAUGAGCGCAGACUCGAAAAUCCUCCACCCCACCAAAUCGUUGGCAAAUGCGAGUCCUCAAAAACAGGUUUGUUUUCAGUAA